AUGUCAGCUCUAGCAUACUUACCCUUCUCUUUUCCUACUGGGCUGACAUCGCCCCAACCGUUUAAUAUCUCUGUCGAUAAAGACUUUAUCCAGCAGACUCAAGCCAAGGUCAAAACAUGGCAUUCACCUGUCAGUCUGUGGUCUAACUGGUCUACCGAAGGCCCUGACACAAACAAAAUCGACGAUGUUGCCCAAUACUGGGCUAACGAAUAUGAUUGGUUUUCCGUCCAGGAUCGACUCAAUAACGAGGGCCAUCAUUAUGCAACUUCAGUCUCGAGUGACGGAAACUACACAGCGCCAGUUCCACUUCAUUUCGUCCACCGAGAGUCCACCCAACCUGACGCUGUCCCUCUUCUACUUCUUCACGGAUGGCCGUCGACGCAUCUGGAGUGGUCUAAAGUCAUCGAACCUCUUGUAUCCGACGCUGAGACACCCUUCCACAUUGUCGCUCCUGAUCUACCGGGCUUUGGCUUCAGUCCUGCUCCUACGCAGCCCGGACUCAGUCCUCGUGAGAACGGAAAGGUCAUGGAUAGUCUCAUGAAACAGCUCGGCUACUCCAGAUAUGGUAUUGUCAGUACUGACUUGGGUUGGCAAAUUGCCAUGUGGAUGGUUGGAGAUGCAGAGUCAAGCAUCAUCGGACACAUCACAGAUUUCUUCUCCGCCCAACCGACCGACGAUGACGUGGAGCGUCUGGCACGAAAUGAGACCACCGAAGAGGAGACAGCUUACAUCCUUUCUUCAAAUGCGUGGUAUUCUUCUCACUCAGCGUAUUCUACUGUUCAUACUCAAAAGCCCUUGGCUGCAGCCCUCGCGUUUGGCGAUAGUCCCGUCGGCUUUCUCGGUUGGGUGUGGGAUUUGAUCUAUGCGAUAUCAGAUGGCUACAAGUAUACAUACGAGGAACUUAUCACCGAUGCGAUGAUGCUGUUUAUCCCUGGCCCGUACAGCAACAUUCGCGCUUAUCUCGAGGCAUACAGCCCAGGUAUGAUGGACUUCCCGAAAAGCAAGGUUCCCACUGGCAUUUCGGAAUGGGCCUUCACGAAUGGGCCAUUCCCUGACAUUGUCGCUUCCGCUCUGUCGCCUCGAAGCUGGAUUGAGAGAACCUCGAAUGUUGUCUACUUCAAUCGACAUGACUUUGGAGGCCACUUUCCUGCAGUAUCGCAGCCAAAGGAGUGGCUCCAGGACGUUCGGAAGUUCUUUUCGGGACUUAAUUGA